AUGUUUUGGGAAGUAAAAGAAAAGAGGAGUAUUGACGCUGAACCAGUACAUACCAUUGAUAGAAGCUCCACUUGGAUGGACGGGAUCAUAUCUUACCUAAAGGACAGAUUACUCCCGGCCGAUCCUAAAGAGAGCUGGCUGAUGAAAAAGAGAGCGACCUGGUUUGAAAUUAAGCAAGGAGAAUUGUUUAAAAAGGCAUUUGUAAAGCCGUACCUGAUAUGUAUCACUCCUGAGAGAGGGCAUGAUGUCUUGGACGAUCUUCACCAGGGGCAGUGCGGCUCUCACAUUGGAGGACGAGCUUUGGGUGAAAAGGAUGCCCGCCUGGGUUACUACUCGCCGAGCUUAAAGUCGGACGCCAUGGAAAUGGUAAAGAAGUGUGACAAGUGCCAGAGGUUCGCAACAUUGAUUCACCGAACCGCCAACAGCCUUUCGGCCAUCAGUAGUCCGCUCCCCUUUUCCAAAUGGGGGAUGGACAUUUUAAGACCGUACACACCAGCGUCCAGCCAAAGGCGGUAUGUGUUUGUAGCAGUAGACUACUUCACAAAGUGGGUAGAGGCCGAGGCUGUCCGAGGCAUCAAAUGGACGGAUGUUUCCGCUUUCAUAUGGAAGAGUAUCAUUACACGCUUUGGCGUUCCUCAAUCUAUGGUGUUCGACAAUGGACCCCAUUUCGAAACGCCUCAACUAAAAGAAUGGUUGGAAGACCAAGGCAUAGCUCAUUGCUUUGCUUUAGUCGGCCGACCACAAGCCAAUGGUCAGGUAGAGGCAUACAACAAAUUGAUCUCCAAUGGAAUUAAGCGCAAGCUUGAAAGGGCAGGCGGCCUAUGGGCUGAUGAGUUAGUCAAUGUGUUGUGGUACAUACGAACCACGGCCAAGAGUUCCACCGGAGAAACUCCCUUCUUCUUGGUCUAUGGUGCCGAGGUGAUCCUUCCAAUUGAAAUGUAUGAGCCCACCCUUAGGGUGAUGCUAUAUGAUGAAGCGGCCAAUUGGGAAGCCAUGAAGAUCUCCCUAGACUUCCUUCCUGAAGCUAGGGGCAACGCGACACUUAGACACGAAAUCUAUCGUCUACGGAUGACAAGGGCGUACAAUCGCCGAGUGUCAAAACGGCCGAUAAAAUUGGGAGAUCUGGUCCUAAGGAAGAUGGAGGAUGUGGGACGAGCAAAUCAGGAUGGGAAACUAACCCCAAAUCGGGAAGGGCCGUAUCGAGUCAGGGAAGAGGUCCGAGAUGGGACUUACCAUCUUGAAGCCAUGAACGGCCGACUCAUUCCGCGUACAUGGAACACUGACAAUCUGAAGAGAUAUUAUGUUUAA